GCUGAAUUGGAAUUGUAACUGCGCCCAAUCGUAGCGAAUUUAUGGAAGCAGAAUUUAGCAGAAAACAGAAAUAAUAUAGUAGGCCUAGUCUGAGAUUAGCACUUUAUUUUCUGUUAACAUUCCGAAUGUGGAGUUAUUUAUAAUGGACGUAGCUAAACUGAAGGAGUAUGCACUGGAAUAUAAAUUGGAGCUGAAAUAUGAGGACGUCGGAUCUGUUGGCCCUGAUCACAUUAAAACAUUUACCGUAAGAGCAGUCCUGGAUGGUAAGGCGUAUCCUGAUGGAGUGGGGAAGAACAAGAAGGAAGCCAAACAGAAUGCAGCUAAAAAUGCCCUGAGGGGCUUGUUGGAGGAACCAAUUCAUCCUACCGAAAAUGCGGCAGAAGCUCCUUCUGCAUCAGCCCAUCCGACAAGUAUCACUCAAGCCAACUAUAUAUGUUGGCUCAAUGACUAUUGUCAGAAGAACAAGUUGACUAUAAGAGCUGUGGAGUCAACAAGACUAGAACCAAAUAAUGCUGUUCCAUGCUGUUGCUUUGUGAUUGGUGAUGAAGAGUAUCCGGCUGCCACUGGGAAAUCGAGGAAAGAAGCUAAGGAGGAAGCUGCCAAGCUUGUACAUCAUGAGAUAUUUGGCAGUAUAACUACAGAGCCUGGAGAGGAGAAAUACAGAUGUCCAUCAAGUCAACCAGAGGAAGAAUUGGAUCAAAAUAAGUCGGACAUCUGUGAAACGACAAAGAGCUUGAGUGUGAUAACCAAAGACGAAGGUUUUACAGACACAAAUUUCAUAGGACUCCUCGACCGCUACUGUAUCAAAACAAACCUCAUCCAUGACUACAUCUUAGAAAACAAGUGCGGUCUAUCUCAUAUCCCUCAGUUUUUCUACAAAGUAGUGAUCAACAAUAAGGAGUACCCUGUAGGUGAGGGUAAGAGUGUUAAGGAAGCCAAACAGAAAGCAGCUCAGCUGGCCUGCUCUGCUCUUCAAGAAGAGACAGACUGGGACAGCAAGACCGAAAAUGCGGCAGAAGCUCCUUCUGCAUCAGCUCAUCCGACAAGUAUCACUCAAGCCAACUAUAUAUGUUGGCUCAAUGACUAUUGUCAGAAGAACAAGUUGACUAUAAGAGCUGUGGAGUCAACAAGACUUGAACCAAAUAAUGCUGUUCCAUGCUGUUGCUUUGUGAUUGGUGAUGAAGAGUAUCCGGCUGCCACUGGGAAAUCGAGGAAAGAAGCUAAGGAGGAAGCAGCCAAGCUUGUACAUCAUGAGAUAUUUGGCAGUAUAACUACAGAGCCUGGAGAGGAGAAAUACAGAUGUCCAUCAAGUCAACCAGAGGAAGAAUUGGAUCAAAAUGAGUCGGACAUCUGUGAAACGACAAAGAGCUUGAGUGUGAUAACCAAAGACGAAGGUUUUACAGACACAAAUUUCAUAGGACUCCUCGACCGCUACUGUAUCAAAACAAACCUCAUCCAUGACUACAUCUUAGAAAACAAGUGCGGUCUAUCUCAUAUCCCUCAGUUUUUCUACAAAGUAGUGAUCAACAAUAAGGAGUACCCUGUAGGUGAGGGUAAGAGUGUUAAGGAAGCCAAACAGAAAGCAGCUCAGCUGGCCUGCUCUGCUCUUCAAGAAGAGACAGACUGGGACAGCAAGACCGAAAAUGCGGCAGAAGCUCCUUCUGCAUCAGCUCAUCCGACAAGUAUCACUCAAGCCAACUAUAUAUGUUGGCUCAAUGACUAUUGUCAGAAGAACAAGUUGACUAUAAGAGCUGUGGAGUCAACAAGACUUGAACCAAAUAAUGCUAUUCCAUGCUGUUGCUUUGUGAUUGGUGAUGAAGAGUAUCCGGCUGCCACUGGGAAAUCGAGGAAAGAAGCUAAGGAGGAAGCUGCCAAGCUUGUACAUCAUGAGAUAUUUGGCAGUAUAACUACAGAGCCUGGAGAGGAGAAAUACAGAUGUCCAUCAAGUCAACCAGAGGAAGAAUUGGAUCAAAAUGAGUCGGACAUCUGUGAAACGACAAAGAGCUUGAGUGUGAUAACCAAAGACGAAGGUUUUACAGACACAAAUUUCAUAGGACUCCUCGACCGCUACUGUAUCAAAACAAACCUCAUCCAUGACUACAUCUUAGAAAACAAGUGCGGUCUAUCUCAUAUCCCUCAGUUUUUCUACAAAGUAGUGAUCAACAAUAAGGAGUACCCUGUAGGUGAGGGUAAGAGUGUUAAGGAAGCCAAACAGAAAGCAGCUCAGCUGGCCUGCUCUGCUCUUCAAGAAGAGACAGACUGGGACAGCAAGCAGGCUGCCAAAGACAAGAAUAUGGGAAAUAAUCAGAAUGAGACAUCCAUCCAGUCAAGGUUUACUUCAGACUUUGAGCCCAUGGAGUGUCUUGGCAGUGGAGGUUUUGGUCUUGUUUACAAAGCAAGAGAUAAACUGCUGAAGAAGUAUUAUGCUGUAAAAAUUGUCUGCUGUGAAGAGAAAGCUCUUCGAGAGGUGAAGACAUUAUCAGACCUCCUCCACCGUAAUAUCGUCAGAUACUAUACAGUUUGGACGGAGGAUUCAGGAUACCAAUGGGACAGUUCAGCUGGCAGCUCAGCUGGCAGUUACAGCUCUUCCCAAUCUUCCAUGGAUAAUUCAUCGGCAAAGUACCUCUAUAUUCAGAUGGAGUUAUGUAACACCAAAACCCUUAAAGACUGGAUUGAUGAGAAGAACAGUCAGUCUCCCCAAGACUCCAAGAGAAGAGAAGAAAGUCUCAGCAUUGCUCAGCAAAUAGUUAGCGGGGUGGAAUAUAUUCACUCAAAGAAGCACAUCCACAGGGACCUUAAGCCUGCAAACAUCUUGUUUGGACUGGAUGGAGAAGUGAAGAUUGGGGACUUUGGUCUGGUCACCACAGAUGAUGCUUUGAUGGACAGAACAGAGAACAGAGGAACCCCAUCCUACAUGGCUCCUGAACAAAGGAAGAAGAACUAUGACCGAAAAGUGGAUAUAUUUGCCCUGGGGUUGAUAUAUUUGGAACUUCUUUGGAAAGUCUCUACUGGCCAUGAAAGACGAGUGGUUUUGGAUGACGCCAGAUGUCAGAAGCUUCCCAAAGACUUUUCAAAGACUUUUCCCCAAGAGAACAAUAUCAUUGAGUUAAUGCUGCGUGAGAAGCCAGAAGACCGACCUGAUGCCAGUAAACUGAAGGCAGAGCUGGAGAAGUGGGCUAAGACAUUCAGCACAAAAAAUGUGCGUCAGGAAAAUGCAACUGUCUGAUGAAGUCUUAAGAGCAUAAGGAAAUAUGUAUUUUCUGAUGUCUGUGUUUAAAUCAAAUGAUUUGAUACACCGUGUUAUUAAUAUGUUAAAUAUAUUUGUAGAAAAAUGGUUAAUGUACUGCACUUAUAUUGCGCUUUACUCAGGACUUUAACUCACAGUCCUAUGGCAAUGGGUGGCAAUUUGGGGUUCUAUGUUUUGCUCAAAGACACUUCAACAUGCAGACAGGAGGACAAAUCGAUAACCAUGCAAAUGAUGAACAACCUAAAAAGAGGGCAUAACAUUAUGGGUUUUAUAAUCAGGGGACGAAACAUGAAAUCCAAUUUUAUCAUGAUUUUAAAAAGUAACUUUUACAAGAAUUCACAUCUGUCCAGCUGUUCUUCGAAAUAAUCAUAAUAUUCAUGAUAUAAUAAUCAUAGUAAUCAUGUGCCAGUAAUUUCUGUGUCCAAAGUUGACAUUUUAUUCUAUGCUGGAAAUGGUUAAAUGUAUAUAAAGUGGUGUCACAAUAACCUUUGUACCGUUUGAAAAAAAUAAAAAUAAUGCAUGGUUGCACGGCAAAAUGUUCAUUUGUUAUAAGAUUAGAUAUAGGCCUACUUUAUUGUCCCGUCUCCACAGGAAAUUUGUUCUGGACUUCAUCCAGCAGUUCCACAGAAGAUGAAAUCAAAUGUACUGCAUAGUAAAACAUCUCAACAAACAGCUCCCAUACAACUGUAUACACAUAGGCCUUGCCUACAUACACACCUUCUGACAGUUUGUGUGUGUAAUUUGCUCCCGCGCACUAGUGUGUUGUUCAGGUCACGGCUGGCCACAGGCUAAGUUCAUGAUGGUGACCACAGGUGUUGCUGAUUGGAAGGCAAACGUUUUUUUUCUGUGCUUGGACAACAUCAUGGCUGUAUUUGUUUUAUUUUUGUGCUGAAACUUAUUGGACAUUAUUGAAUAUGGACACUGGUGAGAAAAUCAACACAUUAUGAUUUAAAGACUGGAUAUUGGUUUCUGACUACACGUCUAAAACAUCUCACUUCAAUUAUCAGCCAGCGGCUAAAGUAUUAGGGCUUGUCACUACAGUGUGUAUGUGCGAACUGUUACCAUUUACAGUUCGAUUGUGUUUAAAGAAAAAGGUUACAUGAAGCUGCUUGUUAAUGUGUCUUAUAUGUGUGUAUAUCAUCAGAUAAGUCAUGUGGCUUCUUCCGUUUUUAUUUAUAGUUUUUUGGUCUAACUUUCACUGCCAUGUCAUUGCUCUUUCAAUAAAGUUGGAGUA